AUUUAUUUAUAUAAACAUCAAUCUCAAACGUCCAUGUAAGUUUAAAUAACAACAUAAACCCUAGCUCUUAUUCCAGAUUUCAAUCUUCUCCUUUUCUCGGUCGUAUCGUCAUCUAUCCCUUCCUUUCUGUUCAGCCUCUGCGUUUCUCACUUGGCAAUGGCGUCGACACUCCUUAUUCAUUGUCCACCCGCGCUCAGUUCUCCUCUUCAAUAAUGGACGCCCAGCAGUGGUAGGAUUUAGAUUAUUUCAUUUCCUCCUUGUUUUAGGACUUUAAUACACCGUUAGCUUUAGAUCUAUCUUUCUUCGACAUGUUUCUUUCGUUUUCUCUUCUAGAAUCACCGACGACAAUGAAGUCAUAUGAGAGAUUGCGAAUGUUGCUCGGGUGAUGCUACGCCGGAGAGGUAUCUGUGCGGCGUUUCGGUAACGGGAACGAUUGAGAAUGAUAGUACAAGCACCGGCAAACAUGUUUUCUAUUGUGACUUUUGUGUAAUUUUUCUCUUUUUCUAUUUGUUCUGUUUGUAAAUUAAAAGUACAAACAAAUUAGAAUUUUUUUCCGUAGAUAAAACAAUUGCAAUGUAUUAUUAUUAUUAUUAUUAUUAUUAUUAUUAUUAUUAUUAUUAUUAUUAUUAUUAUUUCCAAUUAUGGAUAAGUUCAAUUGAGAUGGCGUAUUAAUCCUAUAAAGAGAAAAUGAGACAUCAUAUUGUCCCCAAAUACCAUUUGGCAGAAGCCUCAUAAUUGUUGAGGAGACGAUUUUUAGACUUAGAUUUGAUAUCUAAAGGAACGACAUUUCGACCCUAUAGAAAGAAAUGGGGAUGAUAUAUUAUCCCCAUAUAAGCCCAACACAAUCAUGAAAUCGAUUAUGUGGGACAAUAGUUUGUCCCUGGAAAUGAUGCUCAGGGGACGACUUAUUGUCGUUACAGUUAUAACUAUAGAGACGACAUGUUGUCUUUCAUAAAAAAAAAACGAGAUGACAACUUGCGAGUAUUGGGGACGACCUAGAUAUUUGUCGUCCCCAAAAAAAUAGAGGACAAGAGUAUAGGGAACCACGUAUUGGGGACGACUGAAUUGUCCCCCAAAACUAUAGGGACGAUUUUUCCUAUUUCCGAGGACGAUUUUUGUUGUCCCCAAACCUCCUAUUUUUUGUAGUGCCACCGUCAUGCAGCUCAAAUUUCAUCUUCUUAAAUCUUAAGUGAUGAAACUGUACUGCAUUUUAACUCUUAAAACAACAUUACCACUUAUAUCCACAUUAAAAGCCUCAAAUAUCAUAGUCAAGAUCAUCUCAUUGGAAGAAUCAUGUUUUCAUUCUCUACAGCAACAAUCAUAUGUUUGAAAAUCAUAUAUGGCAAGUUCACCCGUUCAUGGAAAAGCAGGUGAGUGAGAAGCUCCAUAUCAAAAUAACAAUUAUGUAAAAAACUGUAUAAUUCCAAUUAGGGGUGGGCAACGGGCGGGUUGGGUGGGUUUUGGUCUCAAAUUGACCCACCCGCUUUCUAGUGGGUUGGAAUAAUUGUGACCCGCAAUCCACCCACAUACUUCUGCGGGUUGGGUUGGGUUGGGUGGGUGGCAGAUGGGUGCAGUUGGGUUGCAGGUCAACCCGUAAAAGCAAUCUCCAACUAACCAUUAAGAAAGUCGACUAACAUUUAUAAUAGGUUCACAGCAAAUUAGUAAGACUGUAUCAACAAUUUGUGAUUUUGAUACAAUUAAUAAUUUAUAGUUUGCAUCCCAAUAUUUAAUGGUUAUAACAAUAAUCUGCAUACCAAUAUUCAAUAUGUAAUGGAUAUUGCACAACACAAUGACCAAUUAUAGUAGUCAAAACUAUUAUUUAUUCUUUAGGUAACCAGUUCGUGGAGCGGGAACGGGAGUGGGAGCGAGAGCGAGAGCGAAAGCGUGAGAGCGUCCAUAUUAUAAAUUUUCCAUAAUAAGAGUGUGAUGAGAGCGCUAUUAUAAUGUUAUUAUAAUUAUUUUUUAUAUUUACAAUAUAAUUAGUAUCGAAAUAGUACAUACCAUAACAAUAAAUAAAAUUAAUAUUGAAAAUUUGAAUGAUGAAAAAUGGUUGAAUUCGUUAAAAUAUAGCUCUACUAUAAAUCUUUAAAAACAUUUCUCUGCUCUCUAUUUGUGGAUUGUGUCAUUGUGAUUAAUAAUAAUUAAAAAAUUAAUCAUUUAAUUUCUCACUUAUUUAUUCUUUCUUUUUGAAUGACUUUUUCCCAUUAUCUCUAUACAACUACACCUACCACAUAUCCUUCACUUUCUCUCUUCCCUAUCUGACUCUCUCUCCUCCCCAACCCAGAGCACGAUGAAGCUCUGUUUUUUCUUUCUUCUCUUCUGACGAUCAAAGAGUUGAUUUCUUUCUUUAUGCAUGUAGCUUUUCCUCCCUAAGAUAUCAACCUAGAUCAGCAAAUCCACAAAAUAUGGCCCUCGAUAUCUCUUCUCUCAUUGGCUCUCUCCCCUCUCCGCCGACCAUGAGAAGCAAGAUAAAUCUCUGUUUUUGCUUCUUUUUUUUCAAUCGGAGUAUUCCUCUCUUCGCUAUGCAUGUAAAUUUUGCAAUAGUACAAAACUAAGGUUGUGUUGAAUGGCCCUCGAUUCACGGCGGCAGUAGAAGGCGAUAGAACUUCCGACCGGCCAGGGAGAUGAGUUAUUUCUCUUGCAUGUCGUGAAACACAAAUGAUUAGAAGAUCCACGGUUUUUCAACUAUAAUUCGCGCUCCCAUUGAUUAUAAUUCGCGAAUUAUUAACGCUCCAAGGAGAAAUCGUGUUUUCACGCUCUCGCGCGGGAGCGGGGAAGGCCUCCGGACGAAUUGGGCGACCUAAUUUAUUCUCCACCUUUUGAUUGUCAGACUGUAGUGCAGUUCGAAAAUAUGAUGAAUAUUCGAUACUAUAAGAAACAACAUUUUUUUAUGUAAAAAUAGGAUGAGGGUUAUAUGGGUGACCCGCAAUCCACCCACCACCCACCCAUAUAAGUGCGGGUGGGAGAUUUACCAAGCAGCAAUCCACCCACAUCAAUCACCCACUUCAUAUGAGUCGGAUUAUUUGCGGUUGGAUUGAUAUCAAUCCGCGGAUUAACCACCCAUGUGCCCACCCCUAAUUCCAAUAACUCAAUUCGUUGCGAUAAAUUUAAGUAUUCUUUAUACCAUUUAUUAACACUCAUUAUCUACAUCUAGUCUAGUAAUUAAAAAGACAUAAAUGGAUGAAAAGAAAUAAAACAAUAAUUUUCAAACGGAUGGUGAAAUUAUGUCAAAGUGAGCGGUCCCAGUAACCCGGACCACCCAGCCAGCUGCGUCCUCUUCACAUCAAUGAUCAAACACAUCCGCCGCACACUCCCCCCGUCUCAUCCCCUGUCCUCCAAUUUAUCUAGGUCCGGAAAACCCUCAACUCCCUCUCCGUCAGAUUAAUCCACCGCUCUCAUCACCACCGUAAGCCUCCCCAUUCCCCACCCGUAGAGGUAGAACUCACCACACCCAAUCACUUCUCUCUCCCAUCCCAACCAUGAAACAAACAAAAAGCACACCGAGCGAGCGAUAAGCAGCAACAGAGUACGGCGCUAAUUGAUGAAGGCAGGCCACAGCUGUCUUCCAAUCCGAAUUCAAUUUACCCUCCUCGCACCAUCUUCUCCGCACUUUCCCUUCUUCCUUCCUCUCUCUCUCUCUCUCGCUCGCUAGCAAGCAAGCAAGUAGCAACCCAUUCCUCUGAAACAAUGGCAGCCAGCAGAACCCGUACCCUAUUUCUCCUCCUCCUCUUGCUCGCCGGAUCUUUCAAUUUGAUCGCAUCGGCGGCGGGUAGCGAGGGACUGAUGACCGCUGUUGCUUCCGAGGAAUGGCCCAUCGCGAUGUCCAUCUACGGCGGCGGCGAGGCGGAGCCGGAUGGCGAUGUGGAUUUGGAGGACGGAGUUUCGGUCGAUUGGGACGGAGAAGAAGGAGGAGGUGGGAGCGGUAGCAACAGGAGGUCGCUGUUCUGGAGGAGAUGGCCUUACUACAUCUCGUACGGAGCCCUGCUGGCGAACCGGAUCCCGUGCCCGGCGAGAUCUGGGAGGUCCUACUACACCAACAAUUGCUACAAGGCUCGCACCCCGGUCAACCCUUACUCCCGCGGCUGCUCCAGAAUCACCCGCUGCAGGGCAUAAAAGCUGGGAAUUCUUGAGUGAGUGAAAUUUCCCAGCCAGUGCCAAAAUCUGUUUGUUUGUUUUCUCUGCGUGGUGGUGUAUUGUAAUUUCUUGCUGGUUAUAUAUGUUUAAUGUAAUGAUUAAUAUUUUUUUGUUGUUGUAAGUUACUGGAUUUCUAGUGAAUGAUUAGAGAAAGCAGGCGAUGAAAUUCUUUAGAUUUUGUGAGGAUGGUUUUAUUAUUAUUAUUGUGAUUAUAGUAAUGGUAAUGAUUAAUAAUGAGUAACUGAUCAGUAAACUGUAGGUCUUGUG